CAAACAUGAACCAUGGGCUGUUUGCUAACCACUCCAUCAAUAUUGCAUAUAAAACACCUCUGCAACACUGACCAUUUGGACUUGGAGAAACCACCAAAAAUCCCAUCUUUCAUAAAAACUCUUCCAAGGAGAACCAGAAAUCCCUCCCUCUUAGCCACCAUGUUGCUAGGCAAAAAGUUAAACCCGAUGAUCGGAAAACUGGCCGGCGUACCGAUUUCCGGCACUACCAAUGAUGGUUCAACCAGCCCAAGAAGUCCUUUGGACAGGAAGGUCCAAUCAGCAAGAUGCCCAAAAAGUUACGAUCUUGGCGGGGUUGGACUGGCUAUAGUAGCUGCCCUUGAACAAUCCGGUGAAAUUCCGGCCGGUAUGGUUGUGUACAGCCGGAAAUCGAAACGGUCCCUCCCAAUUCCGGUGAACGCAGCCCGGAUUCCGGCCAGAGUCGUCUCUGAACCCGGCAGCCUGGAAGAAGAGUACACCAUAGUCACAUGCCGGCGCGGCGCCGACAACAAGACGUACACCAGAGUCUACUGCGACAACGGCGAGGUCUCCAGUUACAGAAACACGGCGAGAAGUAAUCGGCCGAGCGUCUUCACCAUUUCUCCGGCGAGAUUCGCGGAUACUCCGGCAUGCCCAGACUCAGAUUUCCUCAAUUCAUGCCAUCUAUGCCACAAAAAGCUCACCGGCAAAGAUAUAUACAUGUACAGCAGGGGAGAAAAGGGUUUUUGCAGCACGGAAUGUAGAUAUCGGCAGAUAGUGAUGGACGAGCGCAAAGAAAAUUGCAGCUUGGAGAUCUCAGGCUCGCCGUACAAAAAUGGUCAGCUGUUUUCGACCGGAAUUCUGGCCGUCUGAUGAUCGGAAUUACUCCGGCUGCUUUUUUUAAUUUCUUUUUGGGAAUUAUGUAAUAUUGUUAUAAAUUAAUAUUACUGUAGAGAUGUAUAUGGGGGUGAUGGGUAUAUAAAGUAUAACUUCGGAAUACUUCUAUACACGCCUGAGAAAUGCGAUGAUAAGGGAUCUUCUUUUCUUUUUAUGUUCUCAUGUAAUGAAAUUUUUGAUUUUUUGUCCAUUUUUUCUUGCAUAAUUGCUUCAUUUUCUUCAACCAAACACGUUCUUGAGAUGUUAAUAUUGCGUUAAUUCCAAAAUUUAAAAAAAAAAACAUCCGAUCAGUUAUACUUACAAAUAAAUACAAUUAUCUUUUCUAUAAUUUCUUAAGCAUUCAGACAAAGAAUCAAAGAUGGAGUAUGACUCUUUCGGUCCACCCAAGGAAUUUGGGGCGUGUUUGGGAAUAGAAACUUUAUCGUCUUCUCUGAGUUUUUUCCCAAAAAUGUGAAAAAGGGUGGAAGUAACCAAUAUUAUGGGGGGUUGAAUUGGAGAUUUUUUCUGAAGGAAAAUGGGUUUUUCUUUCUUUCUUUCUUUCGUUUUUCGUCUUGAAAUAAAGAGUGGAAGUGACCAAUAUUCUUUGGCAGUUAUCCUUUUUGGACCAACUUCUCCAACAUCAUCCUCCAAGUGCGAAAAAAAAGCAAGUUGAAAACAACCACUCGUCACAAAUUAUUAUUACUAGAAAUAGAAAUAUGUACUUUUAAUGGGAGAUGAGGGGAUCCACUUUCUCUUUUAUCUACACUUUUGUGCAAAUUAUACCCAAAAAUGAAUAUUUACUUAUGAGUAAUAUUAACAGCCAAAAGAAAAACUUAGGAGUAAUAGGGAGUGUUAUAAGGAGUGUUACAAAAUUUGAUCAACAUUUUUUUUAUUUAGAACUCAUUUGUAAAAUUGAAAUUUGUUGAAUUGAUUAAAUCUUUAAAUUGAAGAAACUUUGAUUUAAUUGGUUUGAUGUGUAAAAGUGAGAUUACACGUCUCUACAUCCUUCCCUAUUUUGUUUGUGAAUAUUGACUCAAUUCGUUAAGAAAAUGCAAAAUUUUCAAUUUUUUUUAGAAAUGGUCGUCUUAAUGUCUA